AUGGUGGCAAGCAAAUCAAAGGUCGAUGAUCCCCAAGGUCUCAGCUUUAUUCCACCAAGCGUGGAAAAAGAGCAUGUGCUCUCGGGAGAUUCCUACGCCUACUAUACACCUAUUCCAGCCGCCAUCACGCCCCACGAUAAAUCCAAUCCCACAAAUCCCACAACUGAAGCUACACCAUGUGUACUAGGCGUUGACGAAGCCGGUCGCGGCCCAGUCCUAGGACCAAUGGUCUACGGCGCAUUCUACCUACCACUCGAUCUCCACCACUCCCUCUUAGCCGAAGAGCACAGCUUCGACGACAGCAAAGUCCUCACCCCCGGCGUCCGCGCCAACCUCAUGCGUCUACUCAACACACCAGGCGAGAAUUUAUUCGAAUCCUGCGGCUACGCGAUCAAACUUCUUUCGGCGCGCGAUAUUGGUUCCGGGAUGAUGAAACCGGGUACGGCGGUGUACAAUCUGAAUGCGCAAGCUAUGGAUGCUACGAUUGAGAUCAUUCGUGGUGUUGUUGAAGAGCGUGGCGUUGAUGUAAAGGAGGUUUAUAUCGAUACCAUUGGUAAUCCGGCUACAUACCAACAGAAGCUGGAGCGGAUUUUUCCUUCUUUGAAGAUCACUGUCGCCAAGAAGGCGGAUUCCUUAUACCCUUGUGUGAGUGCUGCUAGUGUCGCGGCCAAGGUGACGCGUGAUGUUGCCCUGGAAGUUCUGUAUGAGGCUGUGCUUCGCGAGCAGUCGUUGGAUACAACACCUGAAGGAUGGGGUAGUGGUUAUCCCUCGGAUUCCAAAUGCACCGGCUGGCUGAGACGCAACAUGGACCCUGUUUUCGGUUGGGGCAAUGAGUGCCGCUUCAGCUGGGGUACUGCGAAAGAAAUGCUGGAACUGAAGGGUGGAGCACGGGUGGACUGGCCGGUCGAUGAUGACGAGGAUGGGAAUGCGAUGCUGAGCGAGUUUCUUCUCGCGUCAGGUCCGACUAAAAGUACCGGAGGACAAAGUGGCUUGCAAGAAUGGUUUGGCCAGAAACAAGCCGAGAUUUUAUAA